GUGAGUGUAAUCCUACUUUAAAAGUAUGUUUUAUUAAUUUUCUUUUAUGUGAAAAAUCAGCACAAGCUCAGAACUUGGCACAAUUUUCCCGAAAUCAGAUGUAUAUUAUAUCUUAUUUUCUUGUAUAGAUAACGAGUAAUUUUUAAUUACAAUCAACGACCUUUGUUCUGUUUAAUAACACUAUUCAUGACAUGACUGUAUGCUUACCAACAUUAACUUCAGCAAUACUACGAAGUGUCAAGCUGAAAACGUCAUUUUGUAAUCGUUUGACAGUUCUGUAUCCCAAAUUUUACGUUACAAAUACUAUGAAUUCUCAAAGUACAACGGUUGAGAAAUCCCCUUGCGUGUUUUGCAAUAUAGUUAAUAAGUUAGAGAAUACAGAAAUAUUGUAUGAAGAUGACGAUGUUUGUGUUUUUCGGGACAUUAAACCAGCUAGCGAUUAUCAUAUACUGACUGUGCCGAAACGUCAUAUAGAAGAUGCGAAGUCCUUGCAACCAGCUGAUAAAGAACUCGUUGAAAAGAUGCUUUCCAUAGCAAAAGAAAUGCUGCAAAAAAACAAUUUGUCACUCGAUGAUGCAAGGUACGGCUACCACUGGCCACCAUUCAGAAGCGUCAGACAUUUGCACCUUCACACCAUAGCUCCUCAAUCCAAAAUGGGGUUGAUCGGAAGAAUGAUUUUCAAGGAAAAUUCAUAUUGGUUUGUUUCGCCGGAAUAUGUUGCUUCAAGACUAUGAAAAUGUAAUUAUAUUUUGUCAUUAUUAACAGCAGCUUAAAUUUUUUUAACUUUGGUGUUGAAAUGGUAAUUUAGUUGUCGGUAUAGUUAUAAGUUUUAUUAUUCUGUAAAUAAAUUCUGUAAAUUUGUAAAGUAUGGUACGUAAUCUUGACUGUGUUACUGAAGAAUAUGCAAGAAGUUUAUUCCAAUCGAAGAAGGAAUAAAAAUACUCGAACCACAGAUUUACGUACACCAUGUGAUUAACUAAUUGCUCUUUGCAAAUAUAUUGACAAGCGACGAUUUAUAUUGUAAUGAUUUUUUUUUUUGGGCUUGUAAUAGAUUUCAUGAAAAGCUCUUCUGUAAUACAAAAAUGGUAUUCAUAUCGGCAUGAUUUAUUUCAAUUGAUAUGUACGCUUCGGGUUAAAGUGUGAUUAGUGACUGAGCCAGUGACACAGCUGAUACAGACACAAGGAACGUAACAUUUCUUUGAUUUUAUAUAGUUUCGGUUAAAUUUUUAACUCUCGCAGUGCCAAGGUCAUAUGGUGAAUGUGACUAAAUAAAACAAUUGCCGGAAUCUUUGUUUUAACAACACGUAACGAAAUAAAAACAAUUUAUUUUUUCGCAAUUAUUCAUAAGUAAUGAUAUUGUUAUGUAGUUCAAAUUAUUUAUUAAAUUUGUUUUAAUGGUAA